AUGCAAUAUCCGACCUACCACACCACCGGCGAUGCCGCCUCUAUCCCCGUCCCCGUGGCAUCUGCCAACUUCUCCGUGGCCCCCAUCGAGUUCGCUUUCCCCGGCCGUCAAGUUCCUCUCCAGGUCCGAGUCACGUUCCCGGCCACCGCCUCCUCCCUGGACAAGCUCCCCGUCGUAAUCUUCUCCCACGGCGGCGGCCCGAGCUCCCACAUCUCGUCGCUCCACGGCUACGCGCCGGUACGCGAGUUCUGGGCCUCGCACGGCCUCGUCGUCAUCCAGCCGACACACCUCGACUCCAAAAGUCUCGCGCUCGAUGUCAACCCGGGCAACGUCAAGCAGCUGUACCUCGACGCCCGGGCCGCCGACGUCUCGCGCAUCAUAGACGAGCUGCUCCGCCAGGACAACGCCAUCGAACGGGCCAUCCCCCUGCUCAAGGGAAAGCUCGACACCUCCAAGGUCGCCAUGGCAGGCCACUCCUUUGGCGCCUUCACCACGUCCACCAUCCUGGGAGCCAUUAACCAUGACAACGACGACACAACCACCGACGUCGUCGACACGCGCGUCAAGGCCGGCGUCAUCUUCGCGGGCACGGGCUACCAGGGCCUGUCGGAGCAGGGCAAGGCCAUCCUGCCGUUCUACGACAUUGACUUUUCGACCAUGAAGAUCCCCGCGCUCGUCGUGUACGGCGACGAGGACGUGCAGCCUUUCCUGACGACGCGCGGGGCCGACUGGCACGCCGACCCGUACACCAUGUCGCCCGGCCGCAAGGCGCUGCUGACGCUCAAGGGCGCGAAGCACGGCCUGGGCGGCAUCGCGGGCUGGGAUGUGAAAGAGGCGGACGACGACGACAUCGAGAGGCUGUACCUCGUGCUCAAGACGUCGUGGGCAUAUCUGUGGAGCGCCCUGCACGAUGAGGGAACUAGUGUUGGGGCUGACAAGGGCGCGUGGGCCGAGGUGGCUGGCGUUGUCAAGGGGCUCGGCCGUAUGGCUGAGCUUGAGAGCAAGGAGUGA